CCCUCCCCCCCUCGCGGUUCCCAUGCGUGCGUGUUCCUCUCCAUGUUUACCUUUUACGAAUUUGAUAAAGUUCUUCGCCUGCAAUCUUUUUGUCCGGACAUAAUGGAUGAUUUUGUGUGGUGUUUCAAAAUUCCGAAGCUCUGAACUUCAUCGGGAAUUACUUCGAUUUCCUUAGCUGUGUUACGUGUUCUUGUUGUUGCCCAAUGUUGUAAAUGUGCGUGUGAUCUUGACCUUUUCCUUUAAAACUGAUUCGGUGUUUGCUUAACCUCAGUGCCGAGAUUGUACGCUCGGAAAAUUACACUCGAUUAUGGGAAGAUAUGAGUGAGAAUUCAAAUCGCUGAGUGUGAAGUACAGAGAUCGCAACCAUGUUGGAGCCCAACCUUCAAAAGAAAUUCCUUCUCAAUGACUUCUCAAACUCUCAUCUUUCAACAAUAUUGUCAAAUAUUGACAGUGCGGAUCCAAUGGUUGCAAAUACCUGGCUGGAAACAUUACUGGAUCUGCUCAAAGUAUUACCCAAAGACACCAUAAUUUCCAAAAUUUUCCCAUUUGCCAUCACCAAAGGACAAAGAUCUCAGUCACUGCAGUCAAAACUGGCAGCGAUUAAAAUUUUAUCCAGCAUCUGCUAUUUCUUAGAUAAUGAUAAGUUGCUGGAAGACCUUCUACCGCUGGUUCGAUCUCUUUCUCAAGAUGAAGAAAUUGAUGUUCGAGUUGCUACUUGCAGUUUGUUCAACCUGAUCUACGUAAAAUUGGACUCUCAAUUCUUAGAAAGCGGCUACUUUGUUCUGCUCGUAGGGCUGUUCCAAGAUCAAUCUCUAGUCGUUCGAAAUGCCAUUUUCACGAUCUGUUCAGACAUGAUCUCUCUGUUUUACAAUGAGCAAUUCAUGAUGAGUAUUAACGUGUUAUUUAAGGAUCACAUAGAAGCAGCCAUUGAAUUUGAACCAAAAUUGCUCCCUCAGGUUUCCAAAAACUUAUGCGUUUAUGCCUCUGCAAAUAAGGUUCCAGAUUCGGCUAGCACAGCAGAUAAAAUGUGGUACAUUGAUUGUUUUGUCAAAAUCGCCCGACUGACUGAGAAGAACAUUAUUCAUCCUGACAGUGUUUGCUUGCCAUCAGAGAUACCCCUAGAAAAUGAUUUGCACAGUUUAUACCUACAGUGCAGAUCGAAUCUGGCCAGUAACUUCGACUACGUAGCGAAACUUAGUUCAUCAAUCAGUCGAGUAAAUUUGCUGUGUCCGUUUCUUGAAAAUUUUGCUCUGGACUCCCAUUGCAUCGUCCGUCAAAGGAUCGCUGAGAAACUAGGACAGAUUGCACCAUGCUUCAAAGACCAUUCUUCAUUACUUUUCGAUGUAUUUAAUCGGUUGCUUAAAGACUCAUCAAUCGAAGUACUUAAAAGUCUAGUCCCUCAGAUCGCGGAUGUGUUGCGUGUUUUAAAUGAAGCAAAAGUCAUUGGCCGGACAAUAGAUUCUAAACAAACGGAAGAAAUAUGCAAGAGUUUGAUUCAGUGCGAAUUAAAAAUCUUCUCGGAAACGUUGAGUUGGCAGCUUUAUGAAAAUUUUACGGAGCAGUGUGCAUCUUUUCCCAAACAUUUUCCAUCAAGUAUUGUAUACAGUUGUUUUUGCAAACUAUUUGCUGAAAGAAUGACACAAUGUAGAGCUCUUCCCAGCAGACUGGCAUGUACCAGGACGUUGUUAAUAUUCCUUAGACAUAAUGAUAAUCCUAAGCAGUGUAAUGAAAUUAGAAGACAAUUAAUAGAUUUAAGCUACAGUGAUAAUUUCUACGAACGGAUGCUGUACGUGAAAACAUGUUCGACCAUCAUAGACUUGUUCUCAAGUUUCUAUUUCAAUAGUUAUUUUCUUCCAAGCAUUUUUAGAUUAGCCGGUGACAAAGUGGCAAAUAUUAGAUUAGCGGUCGUGUUCCUCCUACCUCGCAUCAUAACGGUCAUGCAGCUGAAUAAAUCAUCUUUUGAUCCUUUAGAAAAUGUUCUAGCAAAACUUAGGAAAGACUUUGAUUCAGAAAUUCGAUACCAAGUAGAAUUAUUGGACUCCACCAGUUUAGACCUCUUGCCAUCUAGUGUCAUUAAAGAAAACGAAAAUAAGUUGGAAGAAGAAGAAGCACUUUUUCGUCGAAAAGAUACUGCUGAAGUUGCAAUAAACCUUUCACUAUCUAGUGAACCAAAAAAAAACCGGUGGGCAGUCUUGUCUAGAAGCAGCAAAACCCCUGUAAAUGGCUCCAAAGCAACGUCUGUCAUUUCAGCUAAUAGUAACAGGUUUCCGUUGGCCGACUCAGACAUGGAGUUCAUGAUUGAUGCUGGUGUGCCCUUCUCGAAAACUGUCUCUUCGCGAAUUCCUUCCAUCUCCCACAAACCAUCCUCAGAGCACUACGACUCCGCCCACCCUUUUCCCAACUGCUCUUAUAUUCCUAUUAUCUCGACAAGUAUCUCCCCUUCUUACCAGUUUUCUCCGCUUGCAUACGUGUCGUCCAACUGCAGCGAUCAACGCUAUUCUGACAUCGAUACUUUCAACCACUUCUCCAAAGUCUUUGCACGCCCUAAACUCUCACUCGUUUCCGGGUCGAACUAUUUUGACCACGACCCUAAAUUUGCUUCGAUCGGUCAUGUCCAAUACCGCCACGGACUGCCACCCGCUGAAAAGGUUACAAUAAAAUCCUACUCAUCUAUCCCGAAAAGUAAAGUCUUCAAAAUCUCAAGCGCAAAAAAUGACUCCUUGUUCAACUUUAACGAGCAACGCAAGCCAAAAUCACAACCUUUGGAUCGCCCCAGCUCAAAUGUCAAGACUGCGUCCCCUGCAAGCAAUAAAAACGGAAGCAAUUCUUUCUCCAAUAGCAAUAGAGACAUGCUCUUAAGCAGUGGCUCGUAUUACUCAAAGGGACGACCCAAGGUACAUUUAUUUGGGGGAUCUCCUUUAGGAAUUUCAUUUCAUGGGCCAUCCACCCAAUCUACAAGUCAGUCUUACACCCCGAUCAGCUACUUUACGAUUCAGGACCCCAAUUUGAAUCAUCCUCACUCAAGGUACAGCGUGACUGAACCUCAAGAGACUAAUCUCAACGCCCCUCUUCCACGCUUCGGAUCGAGUGAGAAUAUGAAUCGGCAAAAAAAAUACAGUAGUCGGCUACCUGUCCGGUCCACGAAGAAGGACAGCCGAAAUGGAAGUCAAUAAUGCUGAAAAUCGAGAAGUUGACAAAAAAGUACUUACAGGCCAUCACCAUUCUAGCUCAUCAACCGGUGGUUAUACCUUCACCCUUUGUUCCUCUCUUUAUUUUCAGUGUCUACCACUUUAACUACGUUAUUUUGACUAGAGUCUAUUUUUGUGAUAAAUAAGUUAUUUUAUUUAUUUUAUUUUUUUUAAAUCGGUGCUGAGAAACUUUUUCUUUUGUCUUUACAUUUUUUAAUUAAGUUUAUUUUUUCCUCUCUUUGCCUAGUUUGUAAGAAAUUAUUUUUGUGAGACCUAUUCUUGUCUCCGACAAGAAUUGAAAAAUAACAGUGAUUUUAAUAAUCAAGGGUUCUGACUUAAGAUGCCAGUGUUGUCUCAAAUAGAGUUAUUGAUUUUUUAUCAGAUGAUGCUAUUUUUGGAUAAUUUAUUGCAUAGGUUAAGAAAUUUUGACCUCAAUCGAAAUAGCUGUAGUUGCAAAAGCGUUCAUAAUUUACAAUUGAUGGUAAAUUUUAUCGCAUGGGAUGUUGAAAUUAUCAAGUUGAAGCGUUAAGAUAGAAGCAAUCUAUUUGAUGAAAAAAUAAUUUUGUAAGUAGAACUUUUGUCAGAUAAGUUAACAGUAGAGAUUGUUCACUUCUAACUGUCAUUAAUCGUUUAUCGGUUUAUGUAUUUGUGCACACAGAGUUGGUCAGUCUUUGGUAGCCAUUGGACAACAGCAUAAAUGGAAGGUUAUCAACCACCAUUUUAUCAGACAUAAGUUCUACUUCUCAGGUUUAUUUCAAUUUUCCUCCCAGUUUGCUCCCGAUUAAUUUUUCUUUUUUUUAAUUCAAUAUAAUCAACCUUUUCUAAGUUGAAAAUGGUACAAAAUUAUAUAAAUUUCAUGCCAAAAGGCGAAACAGAAAAUAACAUACAUUGUUGUUUGAGACAUUGUGAUCAAAAUUAGUUACAAGUACAACAAAUUGUCAUUAUCAGUGACUUGUUAAAAAAAAUUCGGUGCUCAAUGCGAUAAAGAUGGACCUUGUGGACUUCUGAGAACGAUUUUUGUUUUGUGGUAUUCACCCAGAUUUUCUUUUAAAGAUAUUUCCAAAUGUUUUUUGGUCAGAUUUUGAGUACAAGUGCCUGACAAACUUCAGUUUCAGAUGUGAUAUUCGGAGAUUUUUGAAAGAAUGUCCUGAAAUGCAGAAAUUAUGGAUUGAUUAUCAAAUCGUUCUGCUGUGUUUUGAAGAUCUAUCUUUAGUUAAGGCUGAAACCGCAUAAACUUUGCUCUAUUUUUUCAGAUAAUCAAGAAUUUGGUAUCAUAUUUUUUUAAGAUGAAUUAAGAAAUGGCCAUGGUGCAGAAGUUAACACUAAAUCUAUUUUUUUAUAUUUAAAAUUAGCACGAAAUGCUUAUCCUUACUGAGCCUUUGCCUUCUUAAAAAAAUUUUCAGGAUCAAAAAAUGGUGAAGGGGGUGUGAAGUCAUCAAUAUUUUACGUAAUGCUACAUUUACAGCUAUUAAACACCUGCCAAAGCCUCUAUAAUGCUUCAGCAGCUACAAACUUUCCUUUCACCCUCUUCCCAAAAUUACUCUUCAAGUUUUGUAAAUUAGUUAAAUAUACGGAAGUUGCUUUUAAGUAUGAAGAAAUAAAGAAAAUAGUCAGGUAGAAUAGAAGAUGAUAAGUUAUCGAUUGCUCAGUUUAUUUUUCAGGUAAAACUUGAGUAAGAAAUGUGUCAAGUAAUGCUCCCCUCAAUAUCCCCUUAUCCUUGGAAUCUAUUUGCAAGAACAGUGGAAAUACCCACCGAUGCCUUCGAGCGACACAUAAUUUAUUGACGACUUAAUUCAAUUGAGUUACUUUUUUUCAGGAAUAAACAGACACAAAAAAAUAUUUAUCCAAGAAUUAAAAUGGGUGCCACUAAGCAGAAUAGAUCUAUCUCUAAAGAAGAGUAUAAAACAACAUGGUAACCGCAUUAAUUAUCUUAGCAGAUACACCUUUCUUAAAGCUUUUCGAGAUAAAUCUAUUUGCUGCAUGACAUUCAAAUAUUCAUGGUGGGUAACUGUGUUCAGUCCUGCCUGCUAAUAAUUAUUUUCUGUCCCCUUCAGCAAUAUACCCAAUCGGUAAUAAUAUUUUUUUAAUGUUUGUUGAAUAAAUAUUUUUAUCACUUGUUAUUUACUACAUAACUUAAACUUAUUGUAUCACUCAUUACUCAUCUACUGUAAGUGGCAUUGUACUUUUUAAUUUCCUCUGAAUUAUAUUUAAGUUUCAAAAACUUGCUCAGGGUGUCUUCAGGUCUGGAGAACCAGAGGUCAGGGAAAUGAAGAAAGGAAUGAGUUUAAAUGAGGAAUUCCCAUUUAAGUUAAUUGACUAAUUCAUACCUGAAGGAUGAAGGCUGGCAUGCAUUUGUCAUUGCAGUGAAAUGAAUGCUCAAAAUCUUUUUACGUUUGUAAAUUGUCGGUGAAAAAAGUCGGGUAAUUAUGAUUUUUUCAGUACGGAAAAACCUGGAAAAUUCGGGAAAUUUUUCCCUGCCAAGUCUGUAGACACCCUGUUUCUAUGCCUCCUUAUGUUUUUUUUUUUUCUUAUAAGAAAUAUCCCACUAUGAUAUGCCUCUUAAGUGAGCUCUGCCUUGCAGAAGAUGUUUAGUCACUUCUCGAGUGAGGAUUUCAUUUUUACAAUUUUAGUUCUCUGCAGAUUAUGUGGAUAAUCGACUAAAAUUGUAACAAUAUAAAAUUCAAAACAAGCAAACCUAGCUUAAUGAUCAUUUGUUUCUUAUUUUUCAUUUUAUAUUAUUUAGACUUAUGUAUUUAAGCAUGAAGGAACGGAAAGCUAUGGAAUGCUGCAGAGUUUCCUCUCAUAUGGCACUUUUUAGAGGAAAAAUAAGCAAAAUUGCAUUGACUUUCCUGUGAAUUUUUAGCAUUUGGUGGGAAAUAUUUCCUCAAGAUUUUAAGAAAAAUCUUGAGCAAGUCACACUCAAAUAAAUUAGACAAUAAAUGCCUCUAUGAGAGGUCUGCUCAUGAACCCCUGGUCUCCAGCUUCUUAAGGUAUAUUUCAAAGGGAUUAAGAGCUUUGAUUUAAAGACUCAGCUCAUCAAAUGCUUCUGCUGAAUUUUUAGCCUGAAACAUUACAUCUAAAAAAGACUGGAGAAUCAGCGGAGUAUUCAUUGAGAAUGAAGUUAAGCAAAAACUUCCUGCCUCCAAGUUCUGCAUGUAAUGUGAUGUUGCUGUGUUGAAACUUCACUUCACAGAAGUUUCUUUUUGCUUAAAUCUAUUUUUAUCCAAAUCUAUUGAUUCAUACUACUCUCAUUCUAUUCAAUUGGACCACAUAAUAAGUAGCUCAUGCCAUGUUUUGUUUUUUAUUCCCUCUCUAUAAGCUACUUCUCAUUGUGACAAAUUAUUUUCCCCAUGUUGAGGGCAGUUAUUAAAUUAGAAAUCUCAUUUUUCCAUGAUUUUCAUGUCAAUUUUCUAUUAUGUAUAACAAAAAACAAAACACCAUAGAAUCUUUGAAAAUAAUGAUCUGUUUCUGUCUUUCUUUUUUUUUCUUUUUUUUUCCCCCUCAAAAAAGUGUAUAUGCCAGAAUAUUAAAUUGUUUAAAGUCCUUCUGAUUUGAGGGAUUAACUUUCGUGUGCCAUUUUCAUUUAUUUUAUGAAUACUCCAAGAUAAGAGUGGAGUGGGAAAAGAUACCAACAGCCAAGUGGGUAAACGAGAAGCAAUCAAGAUCGAAAAUGUUGGGCCUGUGUACAAUCGUGCCUUCAACAAGAAUUGCGAUACUUUUCUCUGAGCACGCUAAAAUAUUUGCUCCAUGCAAAAAGAUCCGUUUUUCCUUGGACGAUCACACAUUAUUUUCUUUUCGAAACCUCCAAUUAGUGACUUUUGUAAUUUGAUUCAUCAUAUGAACAAUUUGUGCAAUGUGUAAGAGAUUAAGGUAAUGAUUUGAAGAAUAAGUCAGGCUCAAUCCGGAAAAUAAAAAAAAUUAACGGUGGGAUUAGAUUUUUUUUGUUUUGUUUUUGGAGCAAUCGUAUGUUCAAAGGAUUUUUAUGAGGAUGCAAACUCCUGUGAUUGUCUCCACUUGUGAAUUAUGGUAACCUUUUACUCAAUGGACCCAAAGCAAACUAACAAUGUAGAAAUAUUAAAAGCAAUGAAUAUGGUUACCGAUUGCUUCCAUGGAAUUUUAUAAUAAUUUUUGUUAAAUCUGAGAAAUAAAUUUAUUUUCGUUUGA